AUGGCUUACUUUCCGAACAACGUACAGGCCAACGAAACCCUGGAUUUUAACUUUUUCGCAGCAAAGGCCCGGGCUAAGCACGUUAAAAACCAUAAGUUUAAACGCUUAGCUUGGCAAACGAUCCUUUCGACCGAAAAAAAGGAGUACCGCAAUACGUUUAAAAAGGCCGCUAGCAUUACAAAUAUUAACCAAUAA